AUGUCUUCACAGAGGAAAACCAGGGAGGAGUUGUUAGCUGACUUUGAGAAUGAUUUGGUCAAGUUUAUUUCAAUGUCAUUAACUGUUGAAGGGCACGACGAGCCGUUGGUGUUUUCCAGAGAUAUGGAUCCCAUGCCGCAACGCCUUCAUUUUAUCUUACCAGAAUAUUCCGUUUAUUACUUGACAAUUAGAUAUAAAGUCAAACAAAGGCCAUUAAAAAAGCUCACUUAUCAUCAAACGGUGAAGAAGGGUGUAGUCAAGGUUGAUACCAGGGAUUUGAAAAUGAUUGAGGAUGCUGUGGUGAACGAUCAUGAGGAUGACGGUGACUACCAUGAAGUAACUUUUCCUGCUGGUGGUGUACCUGGAGGGUCCUUUUUAAGGGGGUUGUAUCCAGCCAAGAGUACCAUACGAGAAAAUGGUGAGAAGAUUUGGAGUUAUAAUUGGACAAUCGAAAUUUGUAAAAAGUCACAGAAGCCACUGGUUGGUGGAUUUGAUUAA